AUUUGAGUUUACUACCAUAAAAAUUACAACAACAACAGCAACAAGAACGGAACGAGGGAAAAACAACCCAGCACAAAUUAUGUAUAGAUACGAUUGGAAUUAAAGUCAACACAAACCCCGUUGAAGGAUCCGGGCCAAGUGCAACAUUGUGUUUUGGGCCUGGGCCACACAGUGUUUUGGUCGCGAAGACGACCCAGACAAAUCGUCGGCGGCGGUGGGCAGAAACAGAGACAGCGGCGACGGCAGAGCGGCAGAUCAAUUAGCCACGCCUUUUAGGGCGCAUCCUUAGUCAGCAGCAAUGGCCGGUGACAUGUCGAUUGGCUGCGCCGCUCUGCGUAAAUCAACCAAAUUGAAAAGUUGCACAAGUGCCGCCGAUACGGACUCGAUGCAGAUGCCGAAUGAGCGCAAAGAAAAUGGCAAUAAUACGGGAUUAUUAAAUAAACCACCAACGGCGCCACAGAAUAUGCGUGGUGGCCUCAGAGUGUAUAAGAUUGUCAUACUUGGGGAUGGCGGUGUCGGCAAAUCGGCUGUUACCCUGCAGUUCGUCAGUCACAGUUUCUUGGACUACCAUGACCCCACAAUCGAGGACUCGUAUCAGCAACAGGCGGUAAUUGACAAUGAGGCCGCACUGCUGGACAUACUCGACACUGCUGGCCAGGUUGAGUUCACGGCCAUGCGGGACCAAUACAUGCGCUGUGGCGAAGGUUUCAUCAUUUGCUAUUCGGUAACGGAUCGUCAUAGCUUUCAAGAGGCAUCCGAAUAUCGCAAACUGAUCACACGUGUUCGCCUCUCCGAGGAUAUACCGCUCGUCCUGAUUGCCAACAAAGUGGAUCUGGAAUCUCAGCGUCGUGUCACAACCGAAGAGGGCAAAAAUUUAGCCAAUCAAUUUGGUUGUCCGUUCUUCGAAACCUCAGCGGCACUGCGUCACUACAUCGAUGAAGCGUUCUAUACGCUAGUGCGCGAGAUACGGCGAAAGGAGAUGCAGAAAGCGCUGGGCACGGAUAACAAUUCAGAAAAGAUUCACACACGUCAUCGCAGUCGAUGGUGGCGCAUUCGCUCCAUAUUCGCUUUGGUCUUUAGGCGUAGACGUAACUUGAACUAAAAGACAGCCAAUGCAAACGAGACGAACAAAGCUCUCACAGAAAAAAACAAAAAUAUUCGAAAACUCUUCGGUUCGCAAGUGCAACACAAAGAAAAACAAGUGCAAUAAUAAUCAAUGCGUUAAACUAUAUAUUUAUUUAGCUAUAUACUCGUUUAUAUAGCAAAAACAAUCAUCAUAUAAAUGUACUACCAAGUCUAAUCAUUAUUUUUCGACAAACGAAAAGAAAAAAAAACGCAAAAAGAAUUUAUGUAUGUAAUUGUUAUGGCCGAAAUUAAAUGGCCAACUAACUAAUCGACAUUUGUCAAAACGUUCGAUAGUUUUGUUUUUUGUUUAUAUAUAUUUUGUUUUUACAUUUUGUUUGUUAACUAUGCCACUUGUAUUUGUAUUGUUGAGUGGAAGGAUAAGACAGAUGAUAAUGAGACAAUGACAAGAGAUGAGAUAAUAUAUAUAUAGAAAUAUUCAUAUAUAUAUAUAUCAAUAUAUUUAAGCACCAAUCCAAAUGAUACAUAUUAGAAAUGCACAUAACAUAUGUAGAGCGUUAAUCAUAAGAAUGUUGAUUCCUAACAGACAAAUUGGCAAGCAAAACAAAAAAAAAAAAAAGAAAAUGAUAUAUGCAUUUAAAUUAAAGGAAUGUUGAAACGACAUAAAUAUAUAUCUAUAUAUAUAUAUACGCUAAUAGACCCUUUUCACUUUCCCAAAUGUGACGAAGGGUCUAAAAAACAAUAAUGUUGAAUCGGAAACAAUACGAAGCGAUACAAAAAAAAAACAAAA